AUGUCCGUGGAGGACUGCAAAGGCUUUGACGAGGUCAAGGCGACCUUCCAGGAGCUGAGCCAGCAGACCCCCAUCCUUGAGCACGAUGAGAAGGCCACCGUCGAUGACGUCCUCGCGCUGCUGAAGGAGCAGAAAGGCAUCACCGCUGCCGGCACGAAGACCCUCUUUCUGAAGAGCAAGAAGGGCGAGCUGGUCCUGGUCACCGCCUUGCGUGAGGUCCCGACGGACCUCAAGGUGAUUCAAGGCUUCACCAACAUGAAGGACCUCCGCUUCGCCAACAGUGAGGUGUUACACGACAACCUAAAGGUGGUGCAGGGCUGCGUGACUCCUUUCCCGCUCAUCAACAACCUCGACAAGCGCAACGUCACGGUGCUCUUCGACGAGAGCAUCACGCGGUCGCCCAUCUCGAUGGCGUUUUGCAUGUGUCGCAACGACCGCACCAUUGUCGUCACCUUCGAACAGCUCAAGAUGUACAUGGACAAGAUCGCCUAUCCCUACCGCAUGGUGGACUUCAGCACUGGCACAGCUUCAUCGCCGGCCAGCUCGCCCAAUACGAAGGCGGAGAAGACGAAGCAGCACACGGACCCUGCUCCCAAGAAGGCUGCUGCCGCUCCCGCUGCCGCUGCUUCCGGUGAGACGAAGCUCGGCAUUGCGGUGAGGCGGGAGGACAACUUCUCUGCGUGGUACAUCGACGUGAUCACCAAGGCGGAGAUGAUCGAGUACUACGACGUGUCGGGGUGCUACAUCAUCCGCCCGUGGGCCUUCUACGUGUGGAAGUGCGUGCAGCGCUUCCUGGGCGACAGGAUCGAGCGCAUGGGCGUGGAGGACUGCUACUUUCCGAUGUUUGUGUCGCGCAACUGCCUGGAGCGUGAGAAGGAGCACAUCGAGGGCUUCGCGCCGGAGGUUGCGUGGGUGACGCGCGCGGGCGACACGGAUCUGGAGCAGCCGGUGGCGGUGCGUCCGACGAGCGAGACGGUGAUGUACCCGUACUACGCGAAGUGGAUCCGCUCGCACCGCGACCUGCCGGUGCGGCUGAACAUGUGGAACAACGUGAUCCGGUGGGAGUUCUCGCAUCCGACGCCGUUCAUCCGCACGCGCGAGUUCCUGUGGCAGGAGGGCCACUGCGCGUGGGCGAAGGCGGAGGACUGCGCGAAGGAGGUGCUGGACAUCCUGGAGUGCUACGCCGCGGUGUACGAGCAGCUGCUGGCGGUGCCUGUUGUGCGCGGCCGGAAGACGGACAAGGAGAAGUUCGCGGGCGGCUACUACACGACGACGGUGGAGACGUACGUGGAGGCCGUGGGCCGCGGGUGCCAAGGAGCGACGAGCCACAACCUCGGCCAGAACUUCGGCAAGAUGUUCGACAUCAAGUUCCAGGACCCGGAGAACAACGAGCAGACGCUGAUCCCGUGGCAGAACAGCUGGGGGCUGUCGACGCGCGUGAUUGGUGUGAUGAUCAUGGUGCACGGCGACAACCGCGGCAUGGUGAUGCCGCCGCGCGUCGCGUCGACGCAGGUGGUGAUCAUCCCCGUUGGGAUCACGAAGGACACGACGGAGGCGGCGCGCGAGGCGCUGCUGGGGAGCUGCCGGCGCCUGGAGGGCGAGCUGUGCGGGAGCGGCGUGCGUGCGAAGUGCGACCUGCGCGACAACUACAGCCCGGGGUGGCGGUUCAACCACUGGGAGGUGAAGGGCGUGCCGCUGCGCGUGGAGCUGGGGCCGAAGGAGCUGGCGGAGAGCAAGCUUGCGCUGACUGUGCGGUGCAGCGGGGAGAAGCGGUCGAUCGCGUGGGACGCGCAGACGCCGGCGGCUGUGGCUGCGCUGCUGGAGGACAUCCAGGCGCAGAUGUACAGCCGUGCGAAGGAGACGAUGGAGGCGCACCGCGUGCAGCUGACGGAGUGGUCGGCGUUCGUGCCGGCGCUGAACCGGAAGUGCGUGAUUCUGGCGCCGUGGUGCGGGUCGAUGGAGUGCGAGGACCAGGUGAAGAAGGACAGCGCGGAGGAGUCGAAGGCGGCGCAGGCGCAGGACGCGCGCGAGGACGCCCGUGCGCCGAGCAUGGGAGCGAAGACGCUCUGCAUCCCGUUUGCGCAGCCCGGCCCCGUGGAGGGCCACACAUGCAUCUGCAAGAGCUGCACGAAGCCUGCGACGACGUGGGUGCUGUUCGGGCGCAGCUACUAG